AUGAUGCAAAGCCACGAGAGCUUUGCAGAGCAACUGGCUGAAGUGCAAGAGGCCAAACGAGCCCUGGCGCUGGAGGCCGAACACAGCCGACAAGCUCAACGUCUCGAGCUGGAAGGGCUGGCAUCCUCCGCUGAAGAGCUCGAAGAGGCCUUGCAGCAGGUGCUGGCCAAUGAGGCAGAAAAGCAAGCCUCGAUCGACCUCGCGGCUGCCCAAAGUGAGCUUCUAGAGCUACAUGCAGAGCUGCUUAUGGCGGAGGCGGCAGAAGACAGUGCGGAUGAUGUUGAGACGGACAUUCUUCGGGAAGCCAAAGCUCUUGAAGAACAGAGAGAGAAGGUUCUCUUGGCAUUGCGCUUGGCGAAAGAACAGGUACAAUCCUACGAGGACUGUUGCCAGCAACUGCGGUCCGAGUUGAGAGUUGCUGCAGAGGCUCAGAGCCGCCAGACGCGGCAGGAGUUGAGGCUGGGAGCCUCCAAGCAAGCGGAGCACGACCCCAACGCAACUGUCUUGUGGUGUCGGAAGGCGCCUCCUCAAGAAGGUCUUCAGCAAAGUUCUAGUGCCCCUUCCUUGCGCUGA